AUGACUCAAGGAAGAACAAUUAUCCUCUGGGGCCUGCUGAGCACUUUCUAUGUCACUGGCAGCUUCGCAAGUCCUACGAACACCUAUAAUGUGGAGUCUUCUACCAAGUCUAUCAGCUCGCCAGAUUGGAACGUGGUGCAUGGUCCAUCCGUUUUGCUGAGGCGGGCGGAUGGCUCGAACUAUUACACCAAUUGGCCUACGCAGUCAGGCUCUUCUUACACCAGUUGGCCUUCAGACUCCAGUUGGGCUGGAGUUCCCGAAUGGCCUGCAGCUUGGGGCACCAGACCGUCAAACUAUAAGACGGUCAGAAUCGUCCACGCCGUGCUAGCAGCGAGCGCAUUCUUGAUAUUCUUCCCUGUGGGUGGAAUCAUCAUGCGUGUUUCCAGACAUCCGAAUGCCAUAUGGAUUCAUGCUGCUGUGCAGACCUUUGGAUAUGUCGUCUUUGUGACGGCUGCCGGCCUAGGCAUAUGGAUGGCAAAGAAAGUCCAUGCUCUCGACGACUAUCAUCCGAUGAUCGGCCUUGUGCUGCUGUGUUUUAUCAGCCUGCAGCCACUCAGCAGUCUUGUGAACCACUUCUACCGCGUUCGCUAUCCACGCAUUGGCAUCCUUGGGCAAGUACAUCUGUGGUCUGGUCGGCUCUUGAUAACACUCGGCAUCAUCAACGGCGGCCUGGGAUUCCAAUUCGCAUCGACACUCCCCGUGUUUCAAUGGCCGAAAGGACCAAAGAUCCUUUAUGGCGCUGUCGCGACGCUCAUAUGGAUCAUCUAUGUGGGCGUGGUCCUUGUGUGGGCAGAACUGAAGAGGACACCUAAUACCAGUGCGGGUGACCGGGAGCAACUGACACCCGCAAUUGACGGCAGAGGGAGAAAUGUGGCCGAUAGACCGUCGACGGCGGUGACGGCUGAGGAUGCAGACAGCAAUAUCUUGUCACUGCCCGGGCCGGAGAAAGACAAUCCCGGAGCAGCACACGACCACGUCAGGACGAGCACUGUCUAA